GUGAAACUCCCAGGACCUUCCCAUCCCCAGAAGUGCCCCCUGCUCGGGCAGGUGCGGGUGGGCAGCACAGCCCUCCCUCACCCGUGGCAAAGAACCGAGCAGGUGCCACGACACACGAGUCUUGCUUUUAGUAAACCAGGUUAACAUUUAAUCAGGCCUGAUCCUCUCCUCUCACCUCGAGCCCCACAGGGUGGAGAAUCACACCAGUGGUCGUUGUCUUGAUCAUAAACAGCUGCAGCCAAACCACCAUGUCUGAGCUCUGGCUCUUCUUGCCAGUGACAGCAAAGCUGUGUGUGUGUGUCUUACAUUCUGGUUGUGCGUGUGAUGACGAGCCAUUUCAUUAUCUAUGAUUUUCUUAGACUCUUGAUAUUUCAAACAGGAUUGGGUAUGAGAAAGGCCAUGUGCUUCCUUUCCAAAAAUACUCAAAGACUUCAAAUAUAUAUAUGAUUAGAAAUAUAUAAGAAUAAUAAGAAAAAAGAGCCAAAAUGUGUAUUUCUUCUCGCAGCUGGAGCUGAAAUAGCUGCUAAGAUUUCCUCUCCCCAGCUGAGAAUUGGUACAGUUUGUUUUUCUGACAUGAUUUCCAUGGUGUUGAUAAUGAUGUAUUUGUAUAUUGUGAUUGAUGAGAGAUAAUCAGACAGGGAAAGAGCACAGAAUUACCUGUCCUUUUUUCCAGUCAAGACAGAAUGUAUGAAUUUAUUACAAGAAAAAAGUGUGCAAAUGAACUUCCUGUAAUUAGGCCAUUCUGACCUGUGUAGAACCACACUUUGUUUGAAAUUUAUAAAAAUUAUAACUAGUACAAAAUCCUGUGGUUGAUGUCUCUGUAUGAAGCAACAAGCCAAAUGAGGUUUUUCCUAUUCUAAAUAAAUGCAUAUUAGUAAAGGUACCCCAUCACAGCUGAAAAAAUCCACAUACCUGUUCAGUAUAACUUUAAUUUGCCCAACACACGUCACAAAAGACACAGUGUUUACCCAUCUCCUUUAGUCAUGUUCCUGAAUCCCUGGGACUUUUUGGAUAAGUUCACACAGCUCAGAGGAAGUUGUAGGAUGGCUUUAUUAUACUUACCCCCAGGAUAUCUGCAUGCCUUUGGCCACCAGUGUUUAUUAGGGAGCAGUAAUUGAGCCAAAUACAUGCUGUGGAUCAUGUAGAAAAGCAAACAGGUAAAAAUAAGAAUGCAGAAACACAAUGCAAAUCGAGCACAAUAUACUGGACCUAAUUUCAGCCAGUACCCCGAUUUCUGGGGGCAAACUUCACCUCACUUGAAUUGUCAAAUCACUGACCCUAUCAUGUUAUUGCAGUGCAGUACUGAUAGGGGAGAAAGAGGAAUUAGGAGCAUAGCAGAUGCCUUUGUGCCCCCACCCAGCUGGCCCCAUGGCAGCAUCCCAGGGCUGGGAACGUGGCCGUGGGGGUGAGCAGGAGUGACGCUCUCCUGUUGCAGAUCCCUGGGGUGCAGCUCUGCACGCCGGGACCUGCCCGUGCUGCUCCUGCCCCAGCCUGGCGUGGUCUGCAGGACGCCCUUCGUGGGACAGAGGUGAGGUGUUGCCAUUUGCUGAGGAGUGGGUUUGGACACAUCGCUCGUGGUGAGCCCCCCCAGCUGAUCCACCUUCAACAAGCCCAGGCCUUGGUGCCAGCAAAGGCUGCUGAUGGUCCCCACCUGAGACGAGAGCCCAUCUGGGGCUCUGCUCAGCCCUGUCUCUCUCUUAUCAGGUGCUCUGUAGAGAUGGCCUGAGGUCACACCUCUCCCUUCUGUGCCUUAACAUAAAAGAAGGAGUUUGGCCCUAAAAAAAGUACUUUCUUAAAGAAUACAGGUGAGGUACUGAUUUACAGGUUGUGACCCUCUGCUGGUGCAGUGUGCACCUGGUUAUCAGAGCUGGAGGGAUCUUUUGACGUGGCCUUGCAGAGCCCCAGGUCUCAGCUGCAGAGUGCAAGCCUGUCCUCCCCCAGUCAGCCCAGCACUCAUUUCUGUUUUCGCUUUCUUUCCUAACCAUCAUUUAUUUCCUUCUGUGGUAGUUUACAGACAAGAAGCACUGGCCUCCCCCUCCCUCUCCACCUCCUUCCCGGCCAUGUGACUGAGCACUCCCAGCAUCAAGUGAAACUUUUCAGUCCCCAGGAAAGCUUGAUUUUCUCUCCACCCGCUCCACGGUGAGAAGCAGCAUCUCCCCCACCUGCCAUGGGGAGGAGUGCACGGCAGCUCGUCUUGCUGACCUUCAGCUGUGCAUUUUCCUCCUGCCUUGCUGAAGUGGCCUUGAGGGUUGAACGGUCUCCAGAAACCACGUCCUUCCACCAUACGGCUACUUCUGCUCAGCCACUUUCCCUUUAUCAUUCCUCACCCCACGAAAGCACCACAGUUCACUUUAACAGCACAGUCUCUCUUGAAACAACACCCACAAGCCACAGAACAACAGUGCAGAUAACGGAGCAGCACCAGGAAACAACAGCUCCAGACCAGCACACGACAGCCCAGGCAGGAGCUGGAACACCCACCACCACCACACCAGCAGACAACACCAGUGCAGCUGGCCAGGCCACAGCCCAGGCCAUGCACAGGGUCACACCUACAGUGAAGAACACAACCACACCCCCUGUGUCCUACGCACGUGUGGGCAUAGCGGUGACAGCCACCAACACGUCCCUAAAACACACGACAGCAAAUACUGCUGCCAACACCUCUACAGCCGCCACCAUGCAGACAGUCAGAGCCACCACACAGUCAGGAAAACAAACAACAGCGACCAGAAACUCAACAGCCACAGCCAUGAUCAACACAACAACCACCCGUCCAGGGACCCAAACAGCCACCCCAUCUACCGUGGUGACAGUGAGAACCACUCCUGCCCCGCAGCCUUCUGCCAUCCCCACCGGCACUUACACCGUCUCCAGUGGGAACAGGACCUGCAUCAAAGCAGUCAUGGGUUUGCAGCUGAUGGGUCAAAAUGCACAAAAGGAGCAGAUGGAGUCCGUGGUUGUCAACCCCAAUGUGACACAGACAUCUGGAAGCUGUGGGAUGGUGCAGUCUGAGCUGAACUUAACUUUCAGUGGAGGAUUUGUGAACUUCACCUUUGUAAAGCAAGCUCCAAGUUACUUUGUCAGUAACAUUGAGAGCAGAAUACCGUUAUCUCCUGAAGGUAUGUUUUACUAUGCAGCCCUAAAUGAGAAGCUGUUUACAACAAAGCUGGGGAAUUCCUUUAAGUGUGCCAGCAGGCAAACCUUCACCUUGGAGAAGAAUUUCCAGAUUCUCUUUGUUCACAUGCAGCUGCAGGCGUUCGAGAUUGUUGGUAACCAGUUUGGGAAAGAAGAAGAAUGUUUUCCUGAUAGAAACAGCAGAGCAGCUCCCGUCGCAGUGGGCCUGAGUAUCCUGGGCUUGUUUGUCAUUGUGUUUGUCACCUUCCUGAUUUCCAGGAGGAAGCCACAUAGAGGAUACGAACGCAUCUGAGGUGCCCUUGUACUUCCAAAUGUGUGUAGCAAGCAGAGAAGUCACAGGAGUUUUAGCUUCUGCCUGGCAAUCUCACUGCCCUGAAGCCACAUUUUUAAGUGAGAUGACACCAAGUGUUUAAAUGUAAUGAAUAUUUCUGGAAGUUGUUUCUUUAGAGUAGGAAGGAGGCAACUCAUACCCUCUACUUUAGGCUAUUGUUAGCAUCUAAUUUAGAUGUAGCCCAGAUGACCAAAAUGAGGAGCCUAAAUUCUCUGUGUUAUCAACAAAAGAGUUAAUUCAGACCACCUAAGUCAGAUUCCUAGCGAUAGCUUAAAGCAGUAGUGGUAUCCCCAAGAAAAUCCAGAAGGUUUGUUAAUGAUAAUGUUUAGAUUCAUUAAAAUACAUAAUUCUGGUGAUAUGCAAAUUAAUAAAGCAGAGGUCCAGAGUACACACAAUCCUGUUUAAACUAGAGCUUGUGGGAACACUGUGGGUGCCAAAAUCACAGGGUAAGUGUCAGUGUGACUCCAUUCACAAGCAAGUUCUCACCAGUCCUACAACAGAGUUACACUUCCUAAGUGCUUGGGUUUUUUCCUAUUAAGCCCUUUGCAAAGACACAGUGGUAAUGUGUGACCCUUACUCUGGAGCUGAAUAUGUCACAGUCCUGUGAGAGCUCACGAAUCACACACGUCCUGUUCAGACAUGGACCUGUUACAGUGAUCACCACUGAGCCAGUAACUGCCCCUCUACUGAGAUGGCAGCACUGGGAUCUCUGAAUCUGGGAAGAUGCCACACUCACUGGAAGUGCCUGGGAUUCAGUGAGCACCAUUGUGGCAGACCUGCACAAGGUCCAUGAGAAAUGGAAACCCACCGACACUGUAUGUUCAAGGCUUCUAUGAGAACUAAAAGCUUGCACAGUCCUUGCACAAACUCUCUGUCCAAAAGGGAAUAUUCUCCAGCGUGCUUACAGCUGAGCAGCUGGAUUUUCAUGUGGAAAUAAUUUGGAGUUGCUUUAAGGCACAUUAAUUGAUACACUCUGCAUUCUAUUUCCUGCUAAACCAAUGAUGAAGGCAUGAGAGUAGUAAUUGCUUUUGAGGUUAAGUCCAGCUCAUGUUCUUUGUUGUAACAAGGAAAAGCUCCUUGUCACAAAAGAUGUACAAAGCUAACCAUGUGCUCAAAUGUGCACAGACCCACACACAUGCGUGGUGCACACACCACACAAUCUGCUCACUGAAGCCAAUGACGUCCAAACAAUAAGAAAUAAUGUACGAAACCAUUUGCAAAAGAGAAAAUAACAGUAAAUAAGAGCACAUUUUCCCCUAAGGAAUCAGGGUA